AUUCUCUCCCUCUUCCUCCGCAAUCACAUGCUUUCCGACCCAAUUCCGUUUCACAAUUUCACUGCCAAACAAAAAAAGAGAAGAACUCCAUUACUCCACACUCUCACAGCUUCUUCUUCUUCACCACUCCACUCACUCAAACCCAACGAACAACAAAAAGAAAUGUACGCCAAAUACGCGAAAUCGUCGGAUUCCGACCUGACCAGCCUCGAGCCGUCGUCGCCGCGAUCCCCAAAGCGGCCGGUGUACUACGUGCAGAGCCCAUCGCGAGACUCCCACGACGACGGCGACAAAUCCGCCACCGCCUCUUCCUCCUCGCUGCCGAACACCACUCCGAUCGACUCCCCUUCCCACCCUUACUACCACCCGGGCCGCCACUCACGCGCAUCCUCAUCGAGCCGCGUCUCCGGCGGAUCCUACCCCUCCUCCGCCUCCGCCACCCGGAAACCCACCGGGAAAAUCAGACGGUGGCCCAGUUCCGCCGGGAACUGCCACGUCAUCCUCGAGGAAGGAGGAGGCGAUUAUGAUGGCUACGGCGACCCGGCCAGGUGCCGGGUCCUGCUGGCGGUCAUGGGUUUGGCCGCGAUUUUCACGGCGUUCUGUUUCCUUCUCUGGGGCGCCAGCCGUCCUUUCAGCCCCCAAAUCACUGUCAAGAGCUUGACGGUUCACAAUUUCUACUUCGGGCAAGGAUCGGACCUGACAGGGGUCCCGACGAAAAUGCUCACCACCAACUGUUCCGUGGGGAUCAAGGUUUAUAACCCGGCUUCGUUCUUCGGAAUCAGCGUGAGCUCGACUCCGGUUCAUAUCAUGUUCUCCCAGCUCGUUGUCGCGACAGGCCAGCUGAGGUCGUAUUACCAGCCGAGGAAGAGCCACAAGGCAGUCUCGGUCAAUGUCAAGGGGAUGAGGGUGCCUCUCUACGGUGCAGGGGCGAGCCUGACAAGAUCGGCGGAGGAGGAAGUGCAAGUUCCGGUGAGGUUGGUGUUUGAGGUGAGGUCGAGAGGCUACGUUGUGGGGAAGCUGGUGAAGUCUAGGCAUACACAGAGGAUCUCUUGUGCCCUGAUGUUUGAUUCUCGAACAAGCAACCCCAUUCGGCUUAAGAAGCAUUCUUGUACGUACAAGCUCGUAUGA